AUGAGAACUGACUGUCAGACCCAGAUCAGUACAUUUCCUCUGAUUAUAAUGAUGAAGCUACAUAUGUAUGCAUUGUGUAACUAAUAUGAUGAUGUUGAUGAUGAUAAAGAUCUUUUCCUCUAUUGGUGACAAUGAUAACAGUAAUGAAGACGGUGAUGAUGAAUACAACAAUGAGGAUGAUGAUGAUGGCGAUGUUGAUACUCAUGAUGGCAGUGAUGGUAAUGAUGAGGAGGAGGAAAAGAAGGGUUACAUUGAUGAUGAUGGUGGUGAAGAUGCUGCUGCUGAUGAUGAUAUUUAUGGGUCGCGGGGGAAUCCCGCGAAGCAUCAGGCACAAGGCAGGGUACACCCUGGACAGGGUGCCAGUCCAUCACAGGGCACAAUCACAUACACACUCACACAUCAGCCUACCAUGCAUGUCUUUGGACUGGGGGAGGAAAACCAGAGCACCCGGAGGAAACCCCCGCAGCACAGGGAGAACAUGCAAACUCCGCACACACAUGGCCCCGGCGGGCCAUGUGUGCGGCCCGGCGGGAAUCAAACCCCGGACCCUGGAGGUGUGAGGCGAACGUGCUAACCACUAAGCCAC